CUAGCCCUGUCCUUAAAGCGGCUGGUGUCGUUUGGGUACUGCAUCAGUGCAUACCUUCCUGAGUUCUGGUACAAUCGCUCGUUUCUUUGAAGUUGAAAAGGUCCAACCUCUUCUAAUCUGCCCACUAUUCCCCGUCCAAUGGCUACCCGGAACGCUAAUCGCCGCCGACCUUCCGCUGCCGACGGACCCGUGAAGACGCCAAUGCGUAAGCCGGUAUUCGUUAAUGUGGAACAGCUAACACCCGGGACUAGCGGCCAUAACCUCACCGUGAAGGUCUUGAACUCUACCACAGUGCUCGAGAAGAAGCCCCGCAAUACGACGUCGUCUCUGACUGGAUUCCGUCGCCCUCCUCUGAACACUCGCAUCGCUGAGUGCCUCGUCGGUGACGAGACCGGCACUAUCCUCUUCACUGCCCGUAAUGAACAAGUUGACAUGAUGAAGCCAGAAACCACUGUAAUUCUCCGCAAUGCCAAGAUUGACAUGUUUAAGGGGUCUAUGAGGCUAGGCGUGGACAAAUGGGGCCGUAUCGAGGAAACCAAACCUGCAGACUUCACCGUCAAAGAAGAUAACAACCUUUCGUUGGUUGAGUACGAGUUGGUGAGCGUUGAAGAAUAGAGAUUUUUGUCCUAUGAAGUGCAUUCUGCCUCUUUUAGUCUCAUCUGUUAGGUGAAAUGGAAUUAUAUCUUAGGUAAUGCGGGCUUGGCUACUGCUAAUGAAGUGCAACUUUCCCUCUUUUAUCUCUUUUUAUCUCUUAUUAUCAUGAUUUGCUAUAAAUUAUGUACAUCCAGGUUUGAGGUGAAUGUUGAAGAAAAAGGUAGUGGAAUUUUGCCUCUAUAGUUAAGAAAGGCAUUUUAGUGAUUAAAAAAUCCCCAGUUUCGAAAUAUGGGGGUUUGGCAUAGUGUUUUUUAUAAUUAUCAUGCUAUCGUGAUGCCUGUUUAUGAAGAUUUACCCCUGGUAUUCAGCUCAAAUAUUGCUAACAGGAAAAUCGUGGUAAAUCUUACUCCAACAAAGAAGCGUUGUGAUGAACUGUUUCCAUGACUUUCUGCAUGUUGUAAGUAUUCCCCGAACGUAAUCAUUUAUUGGAUUGCAUCAGUUCAAUCCGCUUAAACAUUUGGGCUUGUUGGGUUGCGAAUUUUGGAGAAAUGGC